CCCCCCCGCAGUCGGGGCGCGGCCGCCGCCCCGCACGGACGGGCUCGCUCCGCGCUCCGCCAUGGCUGACUCCGCCGCGCAGUCCUCGCUCGUCUCCUCCAGCUCCUCUGCCACCUCCGUCACCUCCUCCUCCUCCUCCUCCUCCUCCUCCUCCUCCACGCGGGCCGGGGGCUGCGUGGGCGGCAGCUCCAUGUCGUGCGCCGAUCCCCCCAAUUCUUCCUCUUCCUCCUCCUCUUCCUCCUCCCAGCCCGUUUCUCUCUUUGCGGCUUCACCAGCGGCGCCGGGCGGGCGCGACCGGGGGGCGGCCCCGGGCGGGGGGAACCCCCAGAGCCCCCCGGAGUCACCGGAGUCGCCGUUCGAGGUGGUCCCGGACCGAGCCGCCUUCGACCGCGAGUUCGGGCCCGCGCUCGGCCAGAUCCCCGAGGGCCGCGUCUGCCACUUCCCGCCCAAGCCCCGCGGCGGCCCCGGCGUCCCCGGCGGUGUCCCCGGUGUCCCCGGUGGUGUCCCCGGGCGCGGGCUGGCCCGGCCGCCCCCCGGCUCGGCGGCGGCGCUGGAGGAGGUGUCGCGGUGCGUGCGGGAGAUGCACAGCUUCACCAGCGAGCUGCUCUCCUGGGACCUGGUGGAGCGCGGCAACGGCACCGGGGACACCGGGGACGGCACCGGGGACGGCCUCGGGGACAGCCACGGCGGCGGCGGCACCGGGAACAGCGUGGCUGGCGCUGGGAAUGGCGUUAACGGCGUUGGGAAUGGCGUCACCGGGGUCACCGGCAUCGGGAAUGGUGUCACCGGCAUCGGGAAUGGUGUCACCGGCAUCGGGAAUGGUGUCACCGGCACUGGGAGUGGCAUCACCGGGGUCACCGGCAUCGGGAAUGGUGUCGCUGGUGUCACCGCCGUGGGGAAUGGCAUCGCUGGCGUUGGCAAUGGCAUCGGGAGCGGCCUCGGUGGCAUCGGGAGCGGUGUCCCCCGUACCGGCAGCAAGAGCGAGGUCACCGGGAACGUCCCCGGCGCUGUCCCCGGCGUAGGGGGUGGCAUCUCUGCCGUCCCCGGGGGUGGCACCGCUGUCCCCACCGACGCCGACAGCUCCGGUGACUCCGACGACACGGUCAUCGAGGAGGCGCCGGGCGAGGCCCCCGCUGCUGUCCCCAAGGAUGUCCCCAAGGAUGUCCCCAAGGAUGUCCCCAGGGAUGUCCCCGCUGUCCCCGGGGCUGUCCCCGCUGUCCCCAGGGCUGUCCCCGUCCCCGCCGCCUCCCGGGACCAGACCCUGCGGGAAGUGGGGGAGCCCCCCCGGCCCCCCCCGGCCGGGCCCCUGCCCCGCCUGGCAGCGCUGCAGGAGCUGCUGUUCUGGCGGGACGUGAGGAAGAGCGCGGUGGCCUUCGGCGCCAGCCUGGUGCUGCUGCUGUCGCUGGCCACGCUCAGCGCUGUCACCGUGGUGGCACACGUGGCGCUGGCCCUGCUCUCGGUCACCAUCAGCCUGCGCGUCUACAAGGCCGUGGUGCAGGCCCUGCAGAAAUCCGAGGAGGGGCACCCCUUCAAAACUUACCUGGACCUGGACGUGACCUUAUCCCCCGAGACCUUCCAGGCGCACGCGGCCGUGGUGGCCCAGCACCUCAACCGGGGCCUGCAGCUGCUCAUCCGCCUCUUCCUGGUGGAGGAUCUGGUGGAUUCCCUGGAGCUCGCCCUGACCAUGUGGUUGAUGACCUACGUGGGAGCCGUUUUCAACGGCAUCACCCUCCUCAUCCUCGCCGACAUCUUGGCCUUCACCCUCCCGCCCCUCUACGAGAAAUACCAGGUGCAGAUCAACCACUACAUGGGCCUCAUCCGCCAGCAGACCAAGGACCUCAUGGCCAAGAUCCAGGCGAAACUCCCGGGUCUGGUCAAGAAGAAGCCGGAAUAAGCCCCAGGGUGGGGGAGGGGAAAUUUGGGGGUACCCACAGCGGUGCCCCCCCCACUCCAAGCUUGUCUUCCCCCCCCCCCAAACUCCACACACCCCCCCAAACUCGUUCCCUUCCCCCAGUCUCACCGUGACGUCCGUCUGUGCCCCCCUCUGUUGAAACUGAGGGGGCUGAACCCCAAAAUUGCCUUCCCUGGGGGGGCCCUCCAAGCUCGUUCCUAUCCCCCCCCCCGUUUUAUUUUUUUAACGUUAAUUGAGGUGAAAUGUCUGUAACUGCUGUAAAUGGGGGAGGGGGGGCUCAGCCCUUCCCACAGCCCCCCCAAACUGCACCCCCCGAGCCCCCCCUCGCUGAGAGGGGGGUGGGAAAUGGGGGAGACCCCCCCCCAAAUCCACCCGCGGGGCUGCGGCUACAAUAAAACACCGCCACAA